AUGGGCUCUGGGCCGGCCCUGUCUUUGAAAUCCUCGUUCUACCGAAUCUUCGUGACGCUGUCGACCAGCCGCGGCCAACACACCGACGACGACGUCAUGGCGCCCGACUACCACUGCGCCGUGCAUUUCUGCCUCUCGCCACGCCCGUCGGAUAACAUGUCGUAUAGUUUUGAGGACGAGGGCUUCAGGGAAUUGUAUUAUACCGAGGUCAUUCGGUCGCUGGAAGAGGACGCGAAGUGCAAGUUGGAGAUCAAAGACAGCGACUGGAGGGAAGAGAUAGAUGGUUUGCGCGCUGAGGUCGUUUUAAGGUGGACUGUACCUUCCUCACCCAUUAACUUUGAACGACGUGCAUAA